UGUUCCCAGGAUCAUCCUCUAUCAACUGGGCAGAGGGCCCCGUUGCCCGAGUCUAUCACCGUUUGCAGUUAAACUGCAGACGUUCCUCCGGAUGGCUCAACUAGAAUACACAAACGACAAUGGGGGGAGAUAUUCAUCUAAGGGUAAAAUCCCAUUGAUCAAAUACAAUGGAGAAGCGGUGGCUGACUUGCAGUUCUGUGUGGAGUAUCUGAACCGGAAGCUGAACAUUGACCUCAGCAGUCACCUGACGAAGGAACAACGGGCUAUUGCGCAUGCGUUUAGGAAAAUGGCGGAGGAAAAUCUUCACUGGUUUAGCGUCCUGUGUAUAAUCCUCACUUUGAUGGAGAAUAUGAACAUCGUCAAAGUCUCCGGUUUCAACGCGCUGUCUGUCAGACUUGCCGUCCACAGAUACCGGAAACAGACGAAAGCUUACGGAAUCGGCCGACACACCAAUCUGGAAAUGCUGCAGAUAAUGGAAGGAGAUUUCAGAGCUCUGUCAGACUAUCUAGGUAACGUGAUUCCUUCACUGCUGGUAGGUAAUGAUAAUAAAUUACAUAACUGGAUUUUUUUUCUUUCAGAAAAGUUUACAAAUCUAGUGGAGUAUUGUGAGAGCAUGAAGUCUAACUUUUGGACGGACUGGAAAUACUGCAUCACAGCAGACGGAACUAAAAAGCUACAAAAUAAACACAGAAUGAUUUCGUUCGUGAGUUUGAAGCUACAGAAUCACUAG